AUGAGCGAUGAGUGGAAAGGCCUCAAAAUUGAGCAUGUUUUGAAUCAUAAACGAACUCUUGAAUGGGAAAUGAUUAUAAAGCAGUAUAUAAGGCAAAAUUCAUUAAGCUUGGAAACCGAAAGCGAGGUUGUGAGAUACUCUGACAGAUACUUCAAGAGCUCUCUCUCAGAAGAUAUGGUGAAGGAGAUAGUAGACGGGGAGCUGAUGCCGCCGGAGAUUUCAAGAACGUUUGGAGAGAGAAAAGAAAAGAAGAUGGAAGACAUUGGAGAGAUUGAGGGUUCAACCGAAGAAGAGUCUGUUGGGACCGAAGAGAUUGAAGAUAGUAACGAUAUUGAAAAUGAUUAUGUAGACAAUUUCUAUGAAGAUGAUGAAGAGCUUACAGAGGAGAAGAAUGAAGAAGGAUUUUUCUGA